GGAGCGGGGCCGGGCGUGCUGGUGCUGCAGCUGCUGUGGGGCCUGGCGUUGCUGCUCUGCCUGGCGCUCUCCCGGGCGGCCGGCCGGGCCCGGUUCGCCGUGGUGCUGGUGACGCUGGGAGCCGCCGUCCUCACCGCCGCGCUGCUGCUCUUCCCCCGGGAGGACGAGCGCCCGGCCGCAGCUGCCGCUGAUGAGAUCGUAGACACCUUCUUUAUCGGCCGCUUCAUCCUCUUGGCCGUGAUGAGCCUAGUCUUACUUGGGUGCCUGUUCCUGCUCCUGAUUUACCACCUCGUGGAACCGGUGUAUGCCAAACCGCUCCACAGCAGCUAG